AUGGCAGGAAAAGACUGGUAUUAUGGAUUUCUGAAGAGAAAUCCAGAAAUAUCACUAAGAAAACCGGAACCCACUAGUAUCAAUCGAAUUGCUGCUUUCAACAAAGAUCAGGUCACAACAUUCUUUCAAAACCUUAAGAAAUUAUACGACAAAUUCCAAUUUAAGUCAGAUGCCAUAUAUAACGUCGAUGAGACCGGGAUUUCUACGGUACAGAAGCCAUGCAAAAGACUCGGGCCUAAAGGAGUUAAGCAAUUUGGUGCUAAGACAUCUGGGGAAAAAGGAAAAACAGUCACUGUUAUCUGCUGUUUUAAUGCGUCUGGAACAUGCUAUGUGUCACCGAUGACACCGAUGUUCAUAUUUCCCCGAAUCAGAAUGACAAAUACCCUAACCAACAACGGACCUCCUAAUGCAGCUUUUUGUUGUUCAAAAAGUGGUUGGAGUAAUGAAGAGCUUUUCUACAAGUGGCUAGAACACUUUAGGAAAACCGUAAAACCAUCAAAUGAAGAACCAGUUUUAUUGCUUAUAUAUAUCAUUAUAUCAGAUAAUCAUUCCAGCCAUAUUUCUUUGCAAAUUUUUGACUAUUGUAAACAAAAUGGCGUUAUUCUGCUAACGAUACCUCCACACACUUCCCAUAGACUUCAACCAUUGGACGUAAGUUUUUAUGGUCCCUUAAAAUCAUCGUUUAACAGGCAACGUGAUUAUCACCUACCAUCGACUGAAAGAAUUACCCAGUAUGAUUUAGCCAAAAUAUUUAACAAAGCCUAUACUGUUGUUGCUACAAUGGACAAGGCGCAAUCAGGCUUUAGGGCAACUGGAAUAUGGCCUUAUCAACCAGAUAAAUUCUCCAAUGAAGAUUUUUUACCAGCCACAUACCAACUUCCAGUUGUAAUUGACGAUGAAUUACCCUCCACUUCGACCUCAUCUCAAACCCAAGAUAUAAUAGCACCUCUUAAAAUAGACUAUCCAAAUGGCCACUAUACUAAAAAAAAUGAUUUAAACGACCUGCCCACUGUCAAAGAUACUGAUGCAGCCGUCCCCAGUACAUCUACCUUUCUAGAACAGUUGAGUCCCCUACCAAAACCAAAAACAGUUAAACAACAAAGUCGCGCUAAACAGAAAUCAGAGAUUUUAACAGACACUCCAAAUAGAGAAAAAUUGGAAACUGCUGCAGAGAAAAGGGCUUAA